UUCCUUUUAAUCUUCUCGGAUGUUGAUAGUUGAUAUAAUAUGCAAUAAAAAUGGCGGAUAAAGGGCAAGCGCAAACUUCACAGGGCCAGCCAUUAAUGAAAAUAGGUUAUUACAUAUUAGGAGAAACUCUUGGUGUGGGUACUUUUGGAAAAGUUAAAACUGCUAAACAUGAACUUACUGGUCAUAAAGUAGCCGUGAAAAUUUUAAAUCGACAGAAAAUUAAAAAUUUAGAUGUUGUUGGAAAAAUUAGAAGAGAAAUUCAAAAUCUGAAACUUUUCCGGCAUCCUCAUAUUAUUAAGCUGUAUCAAGUUAUUAGCACUCCAACAGAUAUAUUUAUGAUUAUGGAAUAUGUAUCAGGAGGAGAAUUAUUUGAUUAUAUUGUCAAACAUGGAAAGUUAAAAGAAGCAGAAGCAAGACGUUUUUUUCAGCAGAUCAUAUCUGGUGUUGAUUAUUGCCAUCGACACAUGGUUGUCCAUCGAGAUUUGAAACCAGAAAAUCUUUUGCUGGAUCAAAAUUUGAAUGUAAAAAUAGCUGAUUUUGGUUUAUCUAACAUGAUGAUGGACGGGGAAUUUCUCCGUACUAGCUGUGGUUCUCCAAAUUAUGCUGCACCAGAAGUAAUAUCUGGAAAGCUAUAUGCAGGACCAGAGGUCGAUAUUUGGAGUUGUGGUGUAAUUUUGUAUGCCUUACUUUGUGGAACAUUACCCUUUGAUGAUGAGCAUGUGCCUACAUUGUUCAGGAAAUAACGGUAGCCAUGUAUAUUCCCUAUCCCUGACUAUCUGAUAGUCAGUGUACUUAAUUUCGUGUGCAGAAUGUUACUAAAGUUUUUUUUUUUUCUUUUUUUCAGAGAACAUGAUUGGUUUAAGAAAGAUCUGCCAGCAUAUUUAUUUCCUGCAACAAAUGAUCAAGACACAUCACUUAUAAAUACGAGUGCACUUAUGGAAGUGUGCGAAAAAUUCUGUGUCACAGAACGUGAAGUUCACAGUGCAUUGUUGAGUGGAGAUCCUCAUGAUCAGUUAGCAAUUGCAUAUCAUUUGAUUUUAGACAACAAGCGAAUUGAAGAUGAGACUUCAAAAUUAGAGAAAAGCAAUUUCUAUUGGGCAUCUAGUCCACCUCCUACUUCUGGAAGUGAUGUUAGUAGCCCUGGAAGAACACACCCUGAACGAAUGGGAAGCCGCCAAAGAAUGAUGAGUGGUGGAAAUAGUACUGAUAAAAGUAAAGGCACUCCAAUGAAAAGGGCAAAAUGGCAUUUAGGUAUUAGAUCUCAAAGUAAACCAUUUGAUAUAAUGACAGAAGUAUAUAGAGCUAUGAAAGCACUAGACUUUGAAUGGAAAACUGCAAAUCCUUUUCAUAUAAUUGUCAGAAGACAUAAUCCUGUUACUAAAAAAUAUACAAAAAUGACACUUCAGCUGUAUCAGGUUGAUUACAAGAGUUAUUUACUUGAUUUUAAAUCUCUCGCAAACAAUGAGGAAUCAAAUGACAGUCAGAGUUCAUCUGAAUCGAUUUCAUCCUGCUGCCAACAGUCUUACAAUAUAAUGGAAUUUUUUGAAAUGUGUGCUUCAUUGAUAGCUCAGUUAGCACGCUGAAGACUGUGCAUAUAUUUUAAGGGUUUGGAUUUUCUAUUUUUUAGGCAACUGUAUCUGGAAUACAUCCUGUCAUUGCAACGUGAUAAAUGUAAAUCUUUGCAUAUAGGCUGACUGUGUACAUAUAUAUAUAUAUAUAAAUAUAUACACACAAAUAUAUAUAAAAGCUAUUAUAUUCAUAAUUAAAUCUCAAGUUUUAGCUUUGUGUAUAGAGCCAGAUUAUGCAUUUUGUUCAUGUAUAAAUCCUGCUACUGUGUGUUUGUGAUUUAUCUUCAGUAUUUUAAAAACUUUUCUUUUUAUAUUCAAAAAUAGCAAUAUUGUAUAGUUUUGAAAUGAUAGAGUAUAAAUAUAUAGGAUUUUAUUAUUAGCACUGUUAGAAGCUCUGUCUUCGAAAACACGGGGAAAUGUUCCUUACUCAAGGAAUGUGUGCUUUUAUGUAAGAGCUUUUUUAUAAUCCCAGUGAAUUUUGUCAAUGUAUUUUUGUGUUCCUAAACAGGCAGAAAUAUAGUUGAAUAAAAUUUUUCAUUCAAUUGUUCUA